AGUUCUGAUCUAGUCGUCUUUUUCUGCUGAUUCAGAGAAGUCUCCACACCGAUUAUUCAGUCUCUCAAUUGUCACGGAUCAGAGGAAUAUAAAAUAAAAAAGGGAUAUAAAAUUUUCGUGAAAUGGAGGAUCCCGAGAGAAUGGAGCAUCUUCUCCGUCGGUAUUUAAAUUCCCGGGGUAUUUCACCCCCCGAUAACUCCCCGUGGUGUCUGAAAUCUUCGGACCUGAAUGGUCGCGGUCUCUUCGCCGCCCGUGAUAUAAUCCAGGGUGAGGAAAUCGCGGUGGAUGCACCCCUGAUCCUCGGCCCCAGGUGUUACAAAAAAUAUCCACCGAUGUGCGUCAACUGCUACAAGACUGGAAUUACACUUUUUCCCUGUGACAGAGGAUGCGGACUCCCGAUCUGUUCGGAUGCAUGUGAAAAUUCAAAGGAUCACGUGGAGAGAGAGUGCGAUCAGUUGAAAAAGUGGAGACCAACCUGCGGUUCAAUGUUCUCCAAGGAUCUCCUCCUCUCGGUACUUCCGGUUCGUUCUCUAGCUCUUGGAGAUGACGAUAAAGAACUCGUGAUGGCCAUGAAGGGACACGAGGGCGAACUCCACGGACGAGAGAUAGAAUUAUUGAAAAGGAAUGUGGGAGAGGAGAUUAACCGGAAGGACGAGGAAUUUAUGCUGAAAGUCUGUCGAGUGAUGGAUACGAAUGCGAUGGAGACAGGGACACCCGCUGAUGAGUCCAGGACGAUAAGUCUCAGGGGUUUGUAUCCCCUGGGGGCAAUGCAGAAUCACUCGUGCACUCCAAACACUCGGCAUUACUUCAGGAGUAACGAUUUAAUGAGCAUUUGCGCAACUGUGGACAUAAAAAAAGACGAGGAACUGACCAUGACGUAUUUAAAUCCUCUCUGGGACACCUACAUCAGGAGAAGAUACCUCAUGAUGUCCAAGCAUUUCGAUUGCAGGUGUCGGCGAUGCUCUGAUCCUUCUGAAUUUGGGAGUAAAGUUGGAGCUCUUUGGUGUGCGAGUAUGGACUGUCAUGGGCUGAUUCUCCCUGAUGACCCCCUCAGCUGGACAACACCCUGGACCUGUGAGGAAUGCCAUCAAGAGGUCUCCUCUCGACAGAUGAAGACGAUCAUCUCGGGGAUUGACUCGAUAAUAAAUAAAUACCUGCACGAUCCUCCCCGAGAUAUUCUGAAAUUCGUGGAGAAACAGUUAAAAAUUGUCGUACCAGAGACGAAUAGUUCGAUGUUACAGAUGAAAUAUCGAAUUGUCUCGUAUUUCGGGAGAACUCAAGGACUUUAUUUCGAAGAUUUAACUGAUGAAGAGCUCCAAAUAAAAUCAAAAUACUGUCAGGAUCUGUUGGAUGUAAUAAAUGAAUUGCAACUAGGCGAUUGUCAAAUGAAGGGAUUCAUUCUAUAUGAAUUAUAUUGCACAAAAAACGAACAAUUAUCUCGAAAGAACUACGAGAUAUCGUCACCGCAGUCAAAGGAUUUCACCCGGGAAACCCUCAAAAUUCUCGACAAAGCCGUGGAGAUUCUGCAGGAUGACGUAGCAUCGCCGGAUGAUCUAAAAUCCCUCAAGCCUCCGCAUACCUCAGCACGCACUCACCCCUGAUUAUAUUGAUCAAACAAGAAA